GAUUUAUUUACAUCCUCCUAAUUUUCAAUCAAUCAAAUACCCUAAAUUUCCUUUUUUUCCAUUAACAAGUGGUUAUCAAGUUUCCCACCUUCUUGCUCUUCUUUUCUCCUCCUCUCCAUUUUUAGAAAUAAUAACGCAUAUUAAGUUUAGAUUAUGUUAAUCUUAUUAUUUAUUAUGCUUCAAAUUGGUCAAAAUUUAGUUCCUAAUCAUCAUUGUCGUCACCGUCACGUCGUUUCAUUAUUCUUCAUCGUCAUCAUUAUCGUCUAAUGCAAAAUUGGAUUCCAUAAUCCCCAUUUCCCAGUCAUUCUAUGAGUGCAAAAAGCAACUAAAUUAAAUUAUAUAUGUCACACACCAUAAAUUGAGCAUCACCCAAUUUCCAAAUUUCCCACAUCUCUUAAUUACGCUUACCUCAAAUUCAAAUUCCAAUUCUAUGCUCAUCUCUUACAAAGAAUGUCUCAAGAAUCACGCCGCCGCUGUCGGCGGCCAUGCCCUCGACGGUUGCGGAGAGUUUAUGCCUUCCAUUACCUCUACACCCACCGAUCCCACUUCUUUAAAUUGCGCCGCUUGUGGUUGUCAUCGGAAUUUCCACCGUCGUGAAUCGGACGAUCCUUGGCCUAACCGUCGUUACUACCCAUAUCGUCUUUGUGCACCGCCGUCGCCGAGGUCGAGCAGAAUCAAAUCGCAAAGUCCUUCCUCACCGAUCCCUCUACCGAUUUCGCAUAUCCCACCGCCAGUUCAAUUCUCCGGGCCCCAUAUGUUGAUGGCAUUGAGCACCGGAGCGGCAGCGGAGGAGGAGGAGGAAUUGAGGCGGAAACAGAGGAAGAGGAAGAGGACGAAAUUCAGCGGGGAGCAGAAGGAAAAGAUGCAAUUGUUUUCGGAGAAAAUGGGAUGGAGAAUUGGGAAAAGUGAAGAAAGAUUAGUGGAGGAAUUUUGUAAAGAAAUUGGAAUAGGAAAGCGGGUGCUGAGAGUUUGGAUGCAUAAUAACAAAUACAUGGGAGGAAAAACGGAGAAAAACAGAGCCUCUCAGAGUAGUGAAGAAAAUGGUGGAAAUGACUCGAAACAGAGCCCAUAGAAUUGAUUAAUUGUUCCUUACAAUCGCCAUGUUCAUCUGAAGUGGAGGGAUUGAUGAAAUAUGAUAAAGAAACUUCUUUUUUCUAGUAAGUUAAAGUGAAUGAUAUGAAGGUAUAAAUUUUGUCUGUGUAUUGGACAUAAUUAAUGUUUGGGAUUAUGGAAAGAGAGAGGGGGAUUUGUUAGGAGGAUAUGCAAUCUGAAAUUUUGUUAGGAUAUGCAUAAACAUGUUCGUUGUCUCUAGAAAAUCUUGUGCUCUAUUCACUACCUUUACUAAAAUACAAGGUCUUAUUCUCUGC